AUGGAUUCCAUCCCGAGAGAAUCCACAAAGUAUGAGCUCUCCGACCUUGAUAGGCUGGCACCUCCAAUGAUGGUGAAAGCCUUCUUGCUGUACAAGCUUUCGUCCGAUGCCUAUCUGGACAAGCUGAUUACGUCGCUAGAAGAAGGUCUGAAAAACGCCGUGUUUCAUAUGCCCUUCAUGGAGGGAUGUGUUCAAAAGGACGAGUUCGGCAAGCCUUAUAUCCAAACAUCCUCGGACUCACGUCUAAGGCUCAGUGUCCGCUGUUUCUCGCAGACUGAACACAAGUCUUACUCCGCUCUGGUGGACAGCUCGUUUCCCGUUGAUGACUUGGAUCACAUUAAGUUGCUGCCUGAGCUACCCGCUGGUCAACAGCAAGUUGGCGUGAUACAAUUGAAUGUCAUCCCAGGAGGUGUCAUUUUGGGGUUUGCAAUACAUCAUGCCGUCGGAGACUGGACAUCUAUGGAUGCAUUUCUGAGUCUCAUCUGUCGUAGUGCCAAAGCACAUCAGUAUGGCGAUUCAAUGCCAGUGUACACACCCGAUCUCAACAGGUUCCCCUUCAACGCUGAGAAGGCCAAUUCUACAACCUCUCAAAAGGAUCUGCUGGAUAAAUGCCCUGGAUUCUUUGUUGUUGAUAUGAAAGCUCCUCCUGCAACUGCUUCGUCUGCACCUCCCCCUUCCAUUCAAACAAAGAUCUACCGAGCAAGCGAUUCGGCAGUCCAAAACAUCAAACAACAAUGCACUUCCCUCGAAGGCGUGGACUACAUAACCUCCUAUGACUGUAUUGCUGCACUUCUCUGGACCUCAAUCACUAGGGCCCGACUCCAUCGCCACCCCGAAAAACACUCUUCGCAGUCUAUUUCAGCAAAUCCAAUCAACCUCCGUUCCAGAGACCCGGAAAACUCCACCUCGCAGGAGUAUUUCGGCAACGCAGUUCUACCAUCGUGGGUGGGUCCAGUAGAUGUACAGUUGCUACUAGCAGACAAUGGCAUUUCUAUUGCAGCCUCUUUGAUCCGCAAAUCAAUCAAUGCGUCUACAGUGGCAUCUAUCAAAGACUUGGCCAGACUAGUACGAUCUCUUUCACCGUCCGAGAGACUGGGCAUUCCUAUGGACUUUCAUAAAAUGGACCUUCUGAUGAACAGUUGGUAUUCUGGAAAAGCUGAAAACUAUGAUAUUGGAACUGGCUUCCCCUUUGCGUUCCGUACACAUCGACCGAAUACUGGUGCUUGCUGUUUGAUUCUUCCUAAUUUCAGUCGCUCGUCUACGCGGGUGUAUGAGAUAUUUGUUCAGCUUCCAGCUGAGGAGCAUGAUUUAUUACGGGAAGACCCUAUAUUCUCGGCUUGUUUUGAACUUUUAUGUUAG